AUGGCGAGGAGGAAGACCCAUCGCGAUGAUAUCCUCCACGAUGACGACGACGACGACGAUACCACAUCCGACGAGCUCAACGGAGACGAUGUCGAUGACGCAGUCGAUGCAGGCGUAGGCCAACCAUCGCGAAAGAGGAUGAGGAGGACCAAGGAGAGUGCCAUCUACGGUAUCUUUGGCGAAGACGAGAAUGAGGAAGAAGGUGGUGUUGGGAGAAGUGUUCGUGCGCGAGAUGCGAGGGGCAGGAAGAUCGAUUACCGCAAGGGGCAGGCGUUUGUUCCUGCAUCAACGUCACUACCGGCAGCAACUGAAGAGGCGCCAUCAGAACUGCAUAUCAGAUCGGAUGAUUCAUCUGGCUCGAAGAUGGCCGAGGAUGACGCCGAGAAGGAAGAUGUGGAGGAUGACUUUCAGCCUGCCUCGUUCUACUCUACCCGACGUGGUAUUGGUUCGACUGGAACGCGGGAGCCAAGGGAACCACGAGAGCCAAAGGCGACCAAGAAGCCCGCCAGAGCCGGUAUAGGUGCAAGGGCAGGCAUCGGAUCCAGCUCGAACAAUGGUGCGGAAGCAGGACCUUCUACUCGACGCAGCGGUCUCACCUCUCUCUCCAUGUUCGUCUCUGCUGGUGCUACCAAGCCAUCCGACACAAGUGUGCCGCCGCACAACGUCACACUAGACACACCUGCAGCACCUCCACCGCAACCAUCAUCGGCAGCCUCACCGCCUCCUCCUUCACAACUGACACCAGACGACGACGACCUUACGACCGAACAAGCCGAGCUAACAGCAGCCGGACUACCCACCACCUUCUCAACCCCCCAACCCACCAUCACGCCCUCCUCCGCCUUCCAACGCUCCUCCUCCAGACCAGCUCCCGUUGCUCCCCCCAAAAUGAGCAUCAAAUUCGGCAGCAAGUUCGACCCAUCCGCCUACCUCGCAUCCAUGGGCUGGACAGGCGGAGGUCUCGGCCGUUCCGGUCAGGGAAUCGUCAACCCGAUCGAAGUGCAGCUGCGACCGGAACGCGCAGGUAUCGCCUAUGGCGGGUUGAAGGAAAAGACGGCACAAGCCAAAGCCGAAGCUCGGCGACGUGGCGAGGCUGUGUCCUCGGAUGAAGAGUCUCGUUCCAAGUCCAAGGACAAAAGGGAUGGAGGAAAAGUCAAAAAGGAAACGAAGGAAUGGACAAAGCCGCCAGCUAAACCUCGCAAGCCCAAGAUCGAGCAUCGGACGUACGAAGAGAUCAUCGCCGAAAUCGGAUCCCUGCCUGCAACACACAGCACGCUGGGAAAGGUUUACGAUGCCAGCAGUGGAGAGUUGCGCGAAGUGUCGGAUCUUGCCACCGCCUUGGGGAGGAAAGGCUUGCCGACGGCAGCGGAAGAGCUGCCCGAGCUGCAGCACAAUUUGCGCUUGAUCUGCGAUACCAAUGCUCAGACCUUGGCGGCGCUGGCGAGGGAAGGCGUGCAGAUUCAGGAUCGAAAGAGGUGGGCGUCGAGAGAGGAGGAGAUGGCGAGGAGGAAGAUCGUGGUGGAGGAGCGGAAGUUGUUGAGGAUGAGAGGGGUCUUGGAGGUGGUGAAGGAGUUGGAAGCCGUUUCAAGGAGCAUCGGAGGCGAUGUGGGGGGAGAGGAAGGCAUUCUGGAAGCGUUUACGCCGUUGAUAGAGCGGCUUGCGAAGGACUACCGCGACGAGAUAUCGGAGCUGGCGUUAGACGAAGCUGUGGUUGGAGCGAUUGCUCCCAUCCUACGAGCAUUGUGGUCUCAAUGGCGACCUUUCAAACAGCCGUCUUUCACCACCACUUAUUUGUCCAAGUGGACCGCGCUGAUUCCGAACCAGGAUACCCUCUCUACUCCAGCCUCGGGCACAAUGACACCCUUCGACACGCUCUUGUGGAUGCACUGGAUGCCGACCAUUCGAUCCUGCUUCAUCGACUUCAAGCCGCACCAUCCUUCCUCCGCCGUCUCCCUGCUCGAAACAUGGCGACCGCUCCUACCUCGGUUCAUCUUCGACAACGUCAUCGACCAAUUACUUCUGCCCGCGCUCCAUCGCAGCCUCUCGUCAUGGGAUGCCCGCACAUCCAAGUACGGGCUGGAGCACAUCCUCUUCCCCUGGCUACCUUUGCUCGGCGUGGACCGCUUGACCGACGUGCUCGCCGAAGCCAAACGAAAGCUCCGAUCUGGACUGAAGCUGUAUCCUAUCUCACGAGGUCCCCCUCACGGUCUUUCGGAAUGGCGUCGAUUCUACACCACCCAUCCUUCGCUCAGUGAAUGGGAAACACUGCUUCUGUCGACCAUCGUACCGAGACUUGCGUCGCACCUCAAGUCGCUGCGUAUCUCUAGGUCAGGAAACCCGGAAGAAGCUAUGCCGCUUAGCGAAGUGCUACGGUGGAAGAAGAUCGUUGGGAAUUGGACCAUGGUCAAGAUUCUGUCGGGUGCAUUUUUCGAGAGGUGGUUGGAAACGUUGUGUGGGUGGCUACGCCAGCCGAUGCAGGAGUGGAGGGGAAUCGACGAUUGGUAUGUGUCUUGGCGGCGAUGGUGGGUGGAUAGUGUGGCAGAGGGAAGCGAUGAUGGAUUUGCGGUUGGAUUGGCGUUGAUCAACUCCGCUCUAGACAUGGACGAUGCGGAAAGGCGGUCACUGAAGGUCCCGCUUUUCAACCUGUCAAAGUCGACAGCACCGAGACCUGCAGCCACGGCAAGCGAAAAGGUAGCAAGUGGCGAAGCCAACCCAGUAUCGUUCCGUAUCAUCUUGGCGGAGGAGUUGGCGCAUUACGAUCUCUUCCUCUUCAAGACAUCCCAGGUCACGUCGACUGGCAUCACCACAACAGCCAACAUAUGGCGUGUCAGCGGGUCGCCGGGAGCUGGAGCAAAGGCAGCAUUGAUAUAUCUCGAGGACGACGUGGUGUUUCAACAGUCGAAUGGUGGUGGAGCAGAGCAGGAGUGGAUCCCAGUAUCGAUCGAUCAGUUGGUCCAGAGUUUGACAGCGUAA